AUGCCACUGCGUUCUGCUACUCAAAUAUCUGGGGCUGAUCCUCCAUCAACACCUGAGCUUCAAAUAUCUCCAAGCCGACCCCCAACCCCCAAUGCACCACGUCACGGUCCAAAUUCACAGGAUUGGCCGACGCCUGAAGGUUUAGAGGAUCCUCGGGACUUGGGAUCCCCAAUUCCCACCAACACUCCUAGGAACGAAGCGGCUGCGAUCGCAACUGAUUUGAAUGCAGAGAACCAGACUACUACCCAAAUACAAGUCGUCGAAGACCCUGGCAAUACGAUCACAGAAGCCCUUGCCGACUUCGGAAUCCUCGCUCAAGAAGAGCCGCCCGUGGAAGCCGAGGAAAUCGAGCGUCGACGGCUUGCUCGAAGACAACAAUCCUUAAACACACUACUCGGCGAUUGGGGUAUGCAGCUAACGUCGAUGGAAGACUCAUAUCAAGACAUCGGCGUCAAAUACCAUCUAACAACCGACAUUGCUCGGAACAAAAGUCUUACUCGAGAGGCUCGAGAUGCCCUUUCUGCCGCCUUCUCCGGUCAACCGCGGGCUUUGAUGCCCCUCUGGGACAACCAUCGCCGCGCCGUUGCACACCACAACAUCUUACGUCAUGCCCUCAAGGAGCAGGUUGAGGACGAGGGAGUUUACUUCGCGCGGAUUGCGAACCUCAUGGUGCGAGCCGAGGAGGAGUUGGAUACCUUCCAUUCUCAUAUGCAAAAAGUCAACGGACUAGUGCACCGCGUCGAAGACGUCGAAAUUGGCCUUGGAACAACCGGUCGCUACCGUCGAAUGUACCGCGCCAAUGCUAAUGCUAGGCGCCUUGCUGGGGGUUACCUCGCAGACCCACGGGUCCACGCAUGGGUUAGGGCAUUGCCAGAGACCCCGAGGCAAUUGGCAUUAGGCCUUCCUCUAGCGCAGAUCAUCCAGGGGGUGUUCACAUCUGACGAGACGGAGCAGGUCUCGGGAUCAGAGACCUCUGAUGAUGGUUCAGAGCACGGUUCUGAGCAUCAUCCUAAUGAUGAUUCCGGAGAUAGUUCUGGGCAGCAUCACGAUGAUGAACGUGGUGAGAGCGGCGUCUCGCAGUCUUCUUAGAGCAGUCGCAUGCCGCAGACUGAUAUCAAAUGGGGCGGUGAUCUAGAGUGAAUAGAAUCAUCCAGAGAUUUGAUGGACAGGUCUAAUGCAGCAUUUUAGAUAUUUCAGAU